AUGGCUAAUAACGUUCACAUGAGCGGGCUGCUGAGUCGCCACGAUGACGAAGCGACACGGACAUCGACCUCGGAAGGUCUGGAGGAGGGCGAGGUGGAAGGGGAGACCCUCUUGAUCGUCGAGUCCGAGGAUCAGGCCUCUGUGGAUUUGUCGCACGAUCAGAGUGGAGACUCUCUGAACAGUGACGAAGGAGAUGCAUCCUGGAUGGAGGAGAUGUCCUAUUACUGUGAGAAGUGUCAGAAGUGGAUACCAGCCAGUCAACUGAGAGAACAGCUCAGCUACCUCAAAGGUGAUAACUUUUUCAGGUUUACUUGCUCCGAUUGCUCAGAAGAUGGGAAGGAGCAAUAUGAACGGCUGAGAUUAACAUGGCAACAAGUCGUCAUGCUGGCAAUGUACAAUUUGUCCCUGGAAGGAACUGGCCGCCAAGGGUACUUUAGGUGGAAAGAAGAUAUUUGUGCUUUUAUUGAGAAACACUGGACUUUCUUGUUAGGGAACAGGAAAAAGACCUCGACGUGGUGGAGCACAGUGGCUGGCUGCCUUUCUGUAGGAAGCCCCUUGUUCUUCCGCUCAGGAGCACAGGAAUUUGGAGAACCAGGGUGGUGGAAGCUUGUUCAUAAUAAACCCCCAACAAUGAAACCUGAAGGAGAGAAGUUGCCUUCAUCUGCGCUGAAGGCAAAAGCAGCUUCCAAGCCGCCUCUGGAUCCCAUCAUUACUGUGGAAGGGCUCCGGAAACGGGUGAGCCGCAAUCCAGUUGAGUCGGCCAUGGAGCUGAAGGAGAAGAGGUCUCGCACUCAGGAAGCCAAGGAUAUUCGGAGAGCCCAGAAGGAGGCAGCCGGCUUCCUGGACCGCAGCACUUCCUCCACGCCUGUGAAAUUCAGCAGCCGAGGCCGUCGCCCUGACAUGGUCCUUGAGAAAGGAGAGGUGAUUGAUUUUUCCUCCUUGAGUUCCUCGGAUCGCACCCCUCUGACAAGCCCAUCUCCUUCUCCAUCUCUGGACUUCUCUGCUCCUGGAACUCCAGCCUCGCACUCAGCUACUCCCAGCCUUCUCUCAGAAGCAGAUCUCAUCCCAGAUGCCAUGCCACCACAGGCCCUGUUUCAUGAUGAUGAAGAGAUGGAAGGAGACGGAGUCAUAGACCCAGGAAUAGAGUAUGUGCCCCCUCCAAGUGGAACAGCUGGGCCUGGGAUAACAGGUAGAAAAAAGGUGAAGACAGCUGAGCAGAUCAAGCAAGAGGUGGAGAGUGAAGAAGAAAAAGCAGAAAGGAUGGAAGGUGACAGUGAAGAUCCCGAGGAGUCCAAUGCAUCCCUACAGGCAAGGGGGCGAGACAAAAGGAAAGCCCAGCUGGAGAAGGAUGCUAAAGCCAGAGCCCCCAAGCAUGCCUCCGUGAGUAUCUAUGAGGAAAAGCUGCUGCUGAAGAGACUGGAAGCCUGUCCCAAUGCCAUAAGCAUGACCCCAGAGGCACGGAGACUGAGGCGCAAGCUGCUUGUCAGGCAGGCCAAGCGGGAAAGAGGGCUGCCCCUCUUCGACUUGGACCAGGUUGUGAACGCUGCCCUGCUGCUGGUCGACGGCAUUUAUGGAGCCAAAGAAGGAGGUGGUCCCCGGCCCCAAGUAGCACAAGCAACAUACAGAACUACCAGCCAGGACUUCAGGAUCUUGGACAGAUACCAGACAGUGCUGCCUGCCUUGAAGGGAUAUCGACAGCAGACGACAAAAUUUCUGUACCGACUGGUAGGCUCAGAAGACCUGGUGACAGACCACAGUAUUGUCAGUCCUUACACAUCUCGGGUUCUGAAGCCUUACAUCAGGCGCGACUAUGAGACAAAGCCCCCAAAACUCAGACUGCUGGCAGAAAUCCGGGCAUAUCCGCACAGGACUGAUCCCAACUGGAAGGCUGAGCCAGAAGCACCCAUUGAUUACUGCUAUGUUCGCCCUAAUCACAUACCCACUAUAAACUCCAUGUGCCAUGAAUUCUUCUGGCCUGGGAUUGAUUUGUCUGAGUGCCUGCAGUAUCCAGACUUCAGCGUUGUUGUUCUUUACAAAAAAGUUAUUAUUGCCUUUGGCUUUAUGGUACCAGACGUGAAAUACAACGAAGCCUACAUCUCUUUUCUGCUCGUUCACCCCGAGUGGAGAAGAGCUGGAAUUGCAACCUUCAUGAUCUACCAUCUUAUCCAGACCUGCAUGGGCAAAGAUGUAACCCUUCACGUCUCUGCAAGCAACCCCGCUAUGCUGCUCUACCAGAAAUUUGGAUUUAAGACUGAAGAAUACAUUUUGGACUUUUAUGACAAGUACUAUCCCUUAGACAGCAAGGAGUGCAAGCACGCGUUCUUCCUCCGCCUGCGCCGCUGA